GAUAUCCUUGAUACGAAGUACUGCAAGCACCUAUCAGCGGUACGCUCGGGCGCUCUCAAUACUGAUCGAGUAUUCAUUUCCUCUACCUGCUCUCUUUGCAAUCGAAUUUUGGGCCGGAAAAAGUACGAUCCAUCACUACCCAUACGCCACUUAAAUCGAUUCAGUGUAUUCCAGCUGUUUGCUAUCUAUUCCACCAAGCUGUCAAUCGAACCCAGGCGUUUUUCAGCUGCCAAGGCUUGACUGAGUUGUGAGGGCGCUUUCGAUUGCACUGCGAGACACGAAAAGGGCGUUCGCUCCGCAAAAAUGGCAUUAGACCCUGUCUCCCUACGUCGUUUUUCCCACCACAUCAGCCAUAAAGAAUGGAAGUCAGCUGUUGAGAACGCAGAUAAGAUUUCAGUCCGGAAUCUUUCAGUCACGUCCAAUUCGGGACUGGAUGUCUGGGGCCGGCAGAAACGACAACCAGCCUUGCUGUCGAUAACUGCUUUCCUGGCGCAUACAUUCGAUCAAGCUGCUCAGAGUGAUGCAGUCGACAGCAGCACGGUUCACUACGGCAUACUGAGUAAGAGCCUACAAGGGGUCAUCGAGAACAGCAAAGAAUGGCAAAGUACUUUCACACUUGCGAGAGAUCUCAAUGUUGCUGCAUACUCGAUUGCAGCCCCUGGUACUUUAAUUGGGUGCGAGCUGGACAUUUUUUAUCCCAAGGCAUGUAUGCAAGGUGAUGGAGCUGGAUACAUCAUUUCGACCACGGACGAGGGCAUUUUCGCUACGCUUUAUUUGAAAAGUGUCCGCAUUCCAUGCCUCAUAGGGGUGAACAGUAACGAGAGACAAGCCAAGCAGCCGGUCAUUGCCAACCUCUGGAUUGAAAAUGUUCAUGAAGCGUAUUCUGAUGCGUAUAACGAGGCGGAGAAGAUACUGAUACAAACCGUCGAAUCAUCUUCCUUCGAGACACUUGAGUCUCUCGCGACACAAGUGGUCGCAGACUUGAGGAAACAGAUAUUCCUGAGCCACGGAACAGCCGCUAUCAGGCUGCGGCUUGAGAAACCCAUGGCAGUUCCGUUUGCAGAUGCGCCUUCUAUUGAAAUAUAUAGGGCGGCAAGCGGUGGCUCCUGAGCUGGCGGGACAUGUUGCGGAGAGCUGAAGCUGCAUUACUGUCACGGUAUCAAACGGUAGCGCAGAGCUUAAUUCAGCGUCAGUCGCUAUCAACAGCCA